AUGGUCGAAUUUAUCGACAUCCCCCUCGAGUUAUUGCCUGUAAUCUUUGAUUCUGUGGUGAGACCACAUCAUCUUACAUCCUUAUGUUUGGUCAAUAAGUCAUUCAACGAAUUUGCGAUCCCGAGGCUCUAUCAGCGCGUGUACAUCUAUGCAUGGCAUACAGAGGCUACGUCAAAGAUUUUUCUGCUGUUCCAGACACUUUCGAGUUGCCCUGGGCUUGCACGUUACGUUUCACGCCUUGAGAUAAGAGUCUUUCCCAAGGCGCUGUCUUCUUCGUCGCACAGUGACCUCCUGGAUCUUUGUAUACAAGGGAUACGAAAUUGUGUCAACCUGAGGUCGUGCGCUUGGACUCGAGAUGGUUCACUGGAAUCGGCGACUCUACAGGCUCUCCAGAAAUGCCCCCAACUCAAAGAGCUCGAGAUUAACGGACAUGACAGCGGAUACUAUGAUCCUUGGAUACUUCCACAGUUCUCCAAACUGUCCAGUAUAUCCCUCAUAAUGCCGAGCGUGCGAGUUAUUGAAGUUCUUCCCUCCUGGAUAUCUACUACAGGUUCAACCCUUCGCAACCUUAAUAUUGUCUGCAAGACAUCGAGUCUAAUCACCGAUACGUUACUGGAAUCUCUAGCUCCUAACAUGACUGAACUGGAUCAGUUAUUUCUUACCGGAUGCCCAAAGGUGACGCAUAGAGGCAUUGCUGAACUCGUGUCAACCAAUCGUAAUGGCCUCACUGGUAUCGGACUCGAGGGGCUUUCCCCGGCAUUUGAUAUGACCAGGUUUAACAGCAUUUGCAAGGAGUAUCGGGCGUUUAGGCGUCUCAAAUCAAUUACCUUGGCGGUCCACGUUGAAACGCUUCUUCAGACAUGGAUGAUUGAUGUAACGGAACUGCUAUCCACUGCGCCAUUAGAAAUAUUACGAAUUUAUGCCACGACGACAAUUUUCAAAGCGGCUAUAACGGACGAAUUUUGGAAAACGAUUGUCACGAUACAUGGGUCGCGCCUCAAGCGAUUUUCUAUUCACCAGAUGACAAUCAGUCUGGAUGCAUUGCGUGACAUAUGUUCCCGGUGCUCCGUUUUAGAGCAACUCUUUGUCUUCGCCGCCAGGCAUGAUUUGGAUGACGUGGCACGAUGUUUUGCUACUGCUCAGAACCUCCGCACGAUUCAUGUCUACUUCUAUCAUGAAGUGAAUGAAAUGGAGGAGCCUGGGUCUAUGAUGAAUGAUGCUCUCCGCAUCGUUCGACAAUGUCCUGCUACGGUGACGCAGAUUGGAUGCGAUACAAGAGUCUGGGACGUAAAACGUGAAGUGCGGAUGAACGACAAGGCUGAAUUAUACACCGAACCCAUCCUCACUAGAUAUGAGAAUACGGACAUCCCGGAGCAAUUUCUCGUCAUUCGAGCAUGAUGAUGGGCGUAGAUUGAUGAGGCAAGAGGCGUUCACCAACACCUUUCGAAUUUGAAUCAGUGCAAUACAUAUAC